CUAUCAUCUUCUGUCUUUGCGGUAACAUUGUUGUGGAACGACGUCACAGCUGGAAAAAUGAAGGUGCAGAGGCAGCCAUUAAUGGAGGUUCUGUAAUCAUUUUUUCCCAAAUAAAUACUAGCUGAAAACUUCCAUGGCAAGAGCUACAAGUCAAAUAUAUGAUGUUGUGCCCAUUCAAUCCAGCGUUGUCAUCUGUUCCUGCCCACAUCCAUCAAUGGUAAGAAAUCAGCCCGACUCCUGCUCGCCACUUGGUAUCCCAGGCGCAAGUAGCAGCCACUGUCCUAGCAUGGAUGGCCCCACCUCUGAGUCCCGGGCUCCGGGCAAGCCUACCAGCCAGGGCUCCGAGCUCCGGCAGGCCCCCCAGCCGCGCAAAAAGAGGCCAGAGGACUUCAAAUUCGGCAAGAUACUAGGAGAGGGCUCGUUCUCAACCGUUGUCCUUGCAAGAGAACAGGCAACGGCAAAAGAAUAUGCAAUAAAAAUUUUGGAGAAGCGGCAUAUUAUGAAGGAGAACAAGGCACAGUACGUGAAAAGAGAAAGGGAUGUGAUGUCAAACCUAGAUCACCCAUUCUUUGUCAAACUCUACUUUACAUUUCAAGAUGAUGAAAAGUUGUAUUUUGGCCUUAGCUAUGCUAAGAAUGGAGAGCUUUUGAAAUAUAUUCGCAAAAUCGGUUCUUUUGAUGAGACCUGUACUAGAUUCUACUCGGCGGAAAUUGUUUGCGCACUAGAAUAUUUGCAUGAGAAGGGGAUUAUUCACAGAGACCUUAAACCUGAGAAUAUUUUACUGAGCGAAGACAUGCACAUCCAAAUAACAGACUUUGGAACAGCAAAGCAAUUAUCUUCCGAUAGCAAACAAGCGAGAGCGAACUCCUUUGUAGGAACUGCGCAGUAUGUGUCUCCAGAGCUGCUGACAGAGAAAUCUGCUUGCAAGAGCUCUGACCUCUGGGCCUUGGGAUGCAUAGUCUAUCAGCUGGUGGCUGGGCUACCACCCUUCAGAGCUGGAAACGAGUACCUAAUAUUCCAGAAGAUAAUCAAGCUGGAGUAUGAAUUUCCAGAGAAGUUCUUUCCCAAAGCGAAAGAUCUUGUUGAACAGCUUUUGUCGCUGGACCCCUCCAAGAGAAUCGGUUGCGAGGAGAUGGGAGGGUACGACCCCCUGAGGGGACACCCGUUCUUCGAGACCAUCUCCUGGGGAGACCUCCAUGUGCAGACGCCACCCAAGCUCACCCCCUACCUGCCAGCCAUGUCUGAGGAUGAUGAGGACUGCUAUGGAAACUAUGACGACCUCCUGAGCCAGUUCAGCAGCAUGCAGGUGGCCCAGUCCAGCUCGUCCCACUCGCUCUCCACGCCUGAGACCAUUCCCCCAGCGCCGCAGAGGUCCAGCAGCAACAUCGAGCAGUACAUCCACGACCUGGACAACAACUCGUUUGAGCUGGACCUGCUGUUCUCCGAGGAGGAGAAGCAGCUGCUGCUGGACAAACAGACGAGUGGAAACCCCUGGCACCAGUUUGUUGAGAAUAAUUUGAUCCUGAAAAUGGGCCCAGUGGAUAAACGGAAGGGCCUGUUUGCUCGACGGAGACAGCUGCUCCUCACUGAAGGGCCACACCUGUACUACGUGGACCCUGUCAACAAGGUCCUGAAGGGGGAGAUCCCCUGGUCCCCUGAGCUGCGUCCAGAGGCCAAGAACUUUAAGACCUUCUUUGUCCACACGCCCAAUCGAACAUACUAUCUGAUGGACCCGAGUGGAAAUGCAGACAAGUGGUGUAAGAAGAUCCAGGAAGUGUGGAGAAAGAUCUAUCACAAGCACCAAAAUCUUGGCCUAUAGGAGAGCAGUUCCUCCUGCGCCACUCCUUCCUCCUAGCUCUGAGGCCGAUCACGGAGCAGAGUAACACCCUCCUGAGUGCCCUUCACAGCAAUGUAAAAAAAAAAAAUAAUAAUUAAAAAAAACUAUUUUAGAGACGCUAGCAUCUAUGGCA